GCUAGGAAAGGCAUGAGGUUUAGCUAGGAGGAGCCAUGAAGUGGCGUGAGGUUUAGGAAGGAGAAAAUCAUUUACUGGACUGGGCUGAUCCGGUGAAUGGCAUCUGGAUGUACUUGGCUUCGUCGUCAAUCGUGGAAGAGGAGCGAGCAACUUACAAGGCCAUAGGAUCUGGACUAGACCUAGGCAUAAGAACCAGAACACGUUUUAGAGUGCAUCAUCUAUCCGUUAGGCGAACGACGACCAGGAGAAAAAGGUCAUUCUGGAAAAUCAGAGACCACCUUCUCGUAUUCAUUCCCUAUCGUUUCCCCCACAGUUUUUCCAUAAUUCCGUGAAUCGUUUCCAGGCCGAUCUCCUUAGCGUGCUCAAAUAGCAGACUGGUCCUGCCACGUAGUUAACUAGACAAUGGCGCGAAGCCACCACGAGAGUAGUCGAGUCCGGCGGUGUCCCUACCGCAAAGCCUCUCUUCUGAGCCUCGCACUCAUUCUUGCGCCCUUCGCGCUCUCUUUAGUCCUCGCUUCGGCGUCCGUGAAUCCCGCGCUGCCGCGCUCGUUGCUCGCCUCGGCGCUGGAAAACUUCAAACCGCGCGGCGACCUGAGCGGGAGCGGCGGCGGCGGUGGCUCGAGCUCCAAAUCAGGAGCAGGCGCGGCGUCCGUUAUUGACGGCCCCGUCGCGCGGCUUCACAUGCUGUCGAAGGACCAGACACGAGGGCGGUGCUUGGACGGGAGCAUGCCGGGUUACUACCUUCGCGAGGGUUACGGCACGGGUGCCAACAAGUGGAUCCUCUUUCUCGAGGGCGGCGGGUGGUGCUUCAGUCCGCGCCAGUGCGCCAACCGGGCGAAGACGGACCUCGGGAGCUCCAUAAACUGGCCGUCCGUCAGCGACGUGCAUUUCGGCGGAGUGGCGAGCGCGGACGCGGGGAUCAACCCGGGUUUUUACAACUGGAACGUGGUGCUCGUCAAGUACUGCGACGGCAGCUCCUUCACGGGCGGGUCGGGCCGGAAGAACAAGACGGAGGAGACGGGCAAGACGCUCUACUACCGGGGGCACUGGAAUCUCAACGGCGUGCUGCAAGAUCUUCUGGAGACGAAGAACCUCAACCACGGGCAGGAGGUGCUGGUGGGGGGAUGUAGCGCGGGGGCAGUAGCGGUGUCGAUCAAGUGCGACCAGAUCGCCACGUGGCUCAAGGACUAUGGCAUUAGUACCAAGUGCUUCAUGGAUGGCGGGUUCUUCCCAGACGUGGUGGACGUGAACGGAGAGCGAUCCCUGCGAGAGAAGGUGCAGCGGCUGGCAGAGCUGCACGAUAUUGACCGCAUUGGAAUCAACGGCGACUGCAAGGACGCCAUGGAGCCGAGCGGCUCGACGUGGAAGUGUUUCUUCCCCGAAUACAACCUCAAGUUCGUGAAAUCGCCAAUGUUCGUCGUGAAUUCGCUAGUGGACUACAAGGCCGUCGCCAUCGCCAUGUCGCCAAAGGCGAAGGGCAAAGCGAACCCCCUCGUGCGCUGCCUGGGCUCGCACCUCAAAAAGUGCACCCCGCAACAGAUACAGCAGCUACAGUACUUUUCAAGCAAUAUUAAAAACUCGUUAAACAGCGUACAGAAAAAUCGUGCAGCAGCGGGGGUCCCCUUCGAGGCGUUCACAUUCACUGAAUCCACCCACUGCGUGGUGGGGGAUGAAAUGUGGCAGAAACUGAGGGAUAAUGUUUCAGGCGGUGGGGGAAAUGGAGGGGGUAAUGUGGCCGGUGCUGCGUCCACUGGGCUCAGUCCGACCAACAAGAAUCCCAACCUGGCAGGCUCCUUCAACAGCUGGUACGGCUAGUAGGGAAUAACCGGGCAGCUGGUAAGGCUACUCAGCGGAAUGGGAGGGGCAGCUGAAGAAGGGGGGACGGUGACUACCAGCAGUGGAGCAGAGGGGAUGGAAGGGAGCCAAGUAGAGAGGGGGGGGAAAAGAAAAGGACACUAAGCUGAUGCUACCGGUAAUAGGGCAAAGGCAGCGUGCUGCAAAGUGGAGUGCCGAAGGCAGCAGUGUCAGGCUGGCACAGGGAACACCCGGUAUAUAAUACCGGUCACGGAGGAGUGAUUGCUAAGGAGGGAGCAGUGGAGAAGGGGGGGGGGGGGAGGGGAGGAGGAAAGGGGGCGGUGGGACAGUUUGCCCUCCCCUUGUCACACACACAUACCCGUACCAUAUAAGCUGCAGGAGAUACUCAGACUGACAUGCAUUCGUGGGGAUA